GGCAAGAUGGCGGCGGUGGUACAGAAUGUGGUGAAGCUCCUCGGGGAACAGUACUACCGGGAUGCCAUGGAGCAGUGUCACAACUACAACGCCCGGCUCUGCGCCGAGAGGAGCGUCCGCCUCCCUUUCCUCGACUCCCAGACUGGGGUUGCCCAAAGCAACUGCUACAUCUGGAUGGAGAAACGUCACCGAGGGCCAGGUUUAGCCGCCGGGCAGCUUUACUCCUACCCCGCGCGCCGCUGGCGGAAGAAACGCCGUGCUCAUCCUCCAGAGGACCCCAGACUUUCUUUCCCUUCUAUCAAACCAGACACGGAUCAGACCCUGAAGAAGGAAGGGCUGAUCUCUCAGGACGGCAGCAGCCUGGAAGCCCUUUUGAGGACCGACCCGUUGGAGAAACGGGCCCUCCCCGAUCCCCGCAUCGACGACGACAGCCUGGGCGAGUUCCCCGUCACCAACAGCCGCGCGCGGAAGCGGAUUCUUGAGCCCGAUGAUUUCCUGGACGAUUUGGACGAUGAAGACUACGAAGAAGAUACGCCGAAGCGGAGAGGGAAGGGGAAAGCCAAGGGCAAAGGUGUCGGAGGGGCUCGCAAGAAGCUGGAUGCAGCUAUUUUAGAAGACAGGGAUAAACCCUACGCUUGCGACAAUAGUUACAAACAAAAGCAUACCUUGAAACCUCCCGAUCGAGUUUGUGGAAAAAGGUACAAGAACCGGCCGGGGUUGAGCUAUCACUACGCUCACUCCCACCUGGCCGAGGAGGAAGGUGAUGACAAGGACGAUUCGCAGCCCCCGACUCCCGUCUCGCAGCGAUCGGAGGAGCAGAAAUCCAAGAAAGGCCCUGACGGUUUAGCUUUGCCCAACAACUACUGUGAUUUCUGCCUGGGAGACUCCAAAAUCAACAAGAAAACGGGGCAACCGGAGGAGUUGGUCUCAUGCUCGGACUGCGGGCGAUCAGGGCACCCCUCCUGCCUGCAGUUCACCCCGGUGAUGAUGGCGGCCGUCAAGACGUACCGCUGGCAGUGCAUCGAGUGCAAGUGCUGCAACAUCUGCGGCACCUCCGAGAACGACGUGAGUACCCCCCGAAAUAACGGGAGAACCCCCCAGAAUGGCAGGAGCACACCCUGA